ACCUGGAUGCAUGCUCGAGGCAGGUCGACGCACUGAGACGGACCGGACUAGCCCACUAGGGCCGCUGAAAGUCUCCAUGGAUCGAUGCAGGAGCAGGAGCAUCAACACCAGCCGGAGGCAACGCAACAUCUCACCUCACGGACAUCCCACGCCGAGAAAAGCACCAGGGACCUCGGGGAGUAGGAUAUCCUGGUGAGAGAUGUUCCUGAAGCAGCAGCAGCUUCUUCUCCUCCUCCUCGGCAACAUUGUCCAUAUGGUAGUGUAGGUAGGCAGGUAGGUACGUACGGAUACCUCUGACGGGAAAACGAAAAGAAAACGAAAAGAAAACGAUUCGGUACGUACCUUUGACUUGGCGCCAGAACCCAGACAACGGCUGGGAGCUUGCGUGGUUGCGUUAC